GUUACGCAGAAAUGGGAAGUUAUUACAUCUUUGAGAGUCUGUACAUGGACGCCAUUCCCCAUACGACGUUAGAGGGCAAUACGUCAUGUGGAAUACCGGGACCGGAAACAUGGCAUAUUAUACGUCCCGUCGAUUCUUCAAUGCCAUGGCCAGGAGUCAUUUUUGGUAUCCACAUUUUAAGUAUGUAUUACUUCUGUGCUAAUCAGGUAUUGGUCCAGCGAGCUCUGGCUGCAAAGAACAUCAGUCACGCCAAAGCAGGUUCUAUUUUGUUGGGAUAUCUGAAAAUGCUACCCAUGUUUUUAAUGGUAUACCCAGGGAUGAUCAGCAGAAUUCUCCAUACAG